CGCCUUUCAGCCGCAGACAGGUAUGAGUAGCUUGCAGGUCGUUCCGAUUUCGAAGGCGGCUGCGAACCAGCGCGCAGGUCGUGCAGGUCGUGUGAUGCCAGGAAAGUGCUUUCGACUUUUCACCAAAUGGGAAUUCGAGCAAAACUUAGAUGAUUCGAAUACUCCAGAGAUCCUUCGAGCGAACUUGUGCAAUGUCGUGCUGCAAUUGAAAGCGCUCAACGUCUCAGACGUGUUGCGCUUCGAUUUCAUGGACCCUCCGCCGACAGAUUUUCUCGUCAAGUCGCUGGAAAUGCUGUACGGACUGAUGGCGCUGAACAGCAAGGGAGAACUUACAACAUUAGGUACUUCUAAUGAUUUGAGUAGAAAAAUGUGAGCUUCGAUUUCUCUUAAUCGUGAACCGACAGUAUAGACGUUGUUCCUGAACUCCAACAUCAGGUCGGCGUAUGGCUGAGUUUCCUCUGGAGCCGAUGAUGGCAAAAGCCUUGAUUAGCAGUCAAAAGUACCAAGUCGUGGACGAGGUGGUCUCCAUCUGUAGCGUGCUCACUUGCGGUGAUGCAUUGUUUUUCCGACCGAAGGAGAAGGCACUUCACGCAGACAACGCGAAGAAGAACUUCCAUCGAGCCGGUGGCGACCACUUUAUGAUGCUGAAUAUCUACAAGCAGUGGGAGGACACGGGGUUCUCGCAGCAGUGGUGCGUAGAGAACUACCUGCAGUACCGACCCUUAAACAGAGCGCGCGAUAUUCGAGACCAGCUGUUGGAUCUGCUGAAGAAAGUCGACAUCGAGGUAUCCAGCAAUCCCGGGAAUGAAGAAGGCAUUCGCAAGUCCAUUCUCGCUGGCUACUUUUUUCAUUGUGCUCGUUUGAACAAGAACGGAAGCUACACCACACUGAAAAACCCUCACAGUGUGGAAAUUCAUCCGAGCAGUUCGCUGUUGGAGUUUAAGCCCAAAAUGAUCUGCUACCACGAGUUGUGGAAAACAGAAAAAGAGUACAUGCGGGAAUGCAUCGAGGUGCAGGCGAAGUGGCUAGCCGAAGUUGCGCCUUACUACUACUCAAAAACCGAGCUUCGUUUGGAGGACGACGCGAAAGUCAAGCCCAGAAACAUGGGAUCUGCGACGGCUGGCUAGACGGCCUAAACAGAGCAGUAAGACGUCGAAAAGUUUCAAAAACACACUUGUGGAGCCAUAAGCAGGGCAGUAGGCAUUUUACCCGAGGACACUGUUCUGCUAGUACCAGGGACAACCGCCACAGAUGUUGCAGCUCUUUCGUUACAGAUCCUAAAUUCCUUCCCAUACAUUUACCCACGGUUAUCACGACAACUUCGACAGAUUCAAAAUUGCGUAAACACAUAUGGCAUGUCAGCUUACUGUGAUGCUACAUCGGCGACCUUACGUGUUAUUCCAGCAGAUGUAUUCUGGAGUGACCACGGCUCCUUCGGUGCUUUAUAGCUGCAGCUGUGACUUGCUUUGUACUGAC